ACAUAAAAACAAGAUGUCUUCCUACUGUCCCCUUCAGAUUUGUUUGAUCCCAUAUCACACCCUCACAAACAAUGCAUUGCUCCUUUAUCCUCGCCGUUGUUGCUGGUUUGACAGCAUCAAUAUCUGCAGCAUCAGUACCCGCCAGUGACCCUAACAGUGAAGGAUGUCCUUUCAUGUGCUUCAAGAAUAGCAACUGCAAUGGCUGCCCUACCGACUUCGGCGUGGCAGGUCUGGUUUUUCUGCGUCUAGUGGCAGUAAGUUGUAUUUCUGCUUUCACAUCGGUGCUGAUGUAUGAUUGAUGGCAUGACGCGUGAAGCCUCGAUCGGAUGCACGACCAUUGGGAGUGGGAUAAAGACUUUGGUGGCGGCGGAGGCGAAAUUUGGGGGGAUCAGGCAGUGCCAGGAUGAUAUCUACUUUCUUUGGAGAGGAGGUUGGAGGUUGAGAAGUCAGAGCUCUUGCAAGAACAAGGGUUAGCGGUGUGUUAUGUAAGCAGUUAACUCCCUAACCAUACUACACAUGGCUCGUGGC